AUGCCAUACGUGGCUCAUAAACGGCUCGUGACUGUAAUCCACUUGCCGUACCAUACCGUGUACCAUGGCGGCAGUUUACCAUCGCUGAUACCGAUAAGAGUUCAUGCGCGCGUACGUCCCAGCGUCCUUGCAGCUGAGAUCAACAGGAUACGCAAUCUGACGAGACCGUCGACCGAAUCCUACACGGAAAAGUAUCUUCAAUCCAAGGAUCACAUCACGCAGUUUAUUUUUAAUUCGCGCCAGAUUGGUAAACGGUUUAUUUUUAAUUCGCGCCAGAUUGGAAAUCCCGACGAAUUGCAUUAAAUCUUCAAACAGGAGCAUCAGCAUAACCGAUUACGAGGCAAAGGUCAGGGGGAACUGGUACGCGGAAGAAGGAAGUGGGAAUAGAGAACCACAGAGGAGACCAACAGGGAAACGGGAGAUCCUGGUCCGGUAACAGGCCGAAGUGAAAAAGAAAGAAAAAGCAAAAGAAGAAGAGAAAAAGGAAGAUACGACACGGUGGAAUGAUAAAUUCGCGUUCACGCGUGUUUUUUUGUGCCUGGCCCGGAGCGGCCCCGCUCCUGCUUCGAUCUUAAUCGACGAUCUUACGUCACGGAUGCAAAGUUACAACCGGUUUCAGACAGCGAGCCAACCUUACGAACUAUGUUUACACGUAACGUGUGUCAGCCCUGUCUCUCCUUCUUUUUUCCCCUCCCCCUUUUUUUCUUUCCUUCUUUCUUCGGAGUGACGAAGGUCUUCUAGUCGAAGGUGUCGGACAGGUUUGGAUAUUGCUUGAAUGAAAUACCUGGGGGAACGAUUAUGCAUACGGCUUGCGAGGAACUAUCGUGCAAAGUAAGCAAAGUUAAAAUAACUAGGCUGCGGAUUUUCGCGAAACAUCCAUGGUAUGACACUUCUCUGGGCAAUUUUCUAUCAAGCUUCAAUUCUUUUAUCUUCGUAAAAAUAUAAAACUGAAUAAUAGUAAUAAUCUUCGAAAUAAUUAAAUGUACAGUAAUACCUUCAUUCUUUAUUCAGAUUCAGACAAGCUGAUAUUUGGCUGACUGGUUGGAUAGAUUUUGGCAUUGUUUGA